GCCAGCCGCUGCCUUGGCUACGGGGCUCCUCAGGUGGCGGCGUUUGUAGUGGGGCUACGGAGGCCGGGUUGCCGGGAAAGUAUUUAAGAAGCUCAUGGAGUAAUAUGAGUCAGAGUAAUAUAGGAUCUGCAGGAAGUCCCUCAAGAUAGUUGGAAAAGAAGAAUUUAUAGACUCUUCGUCAAGAUCUUCAUUUAUACAGCUGUUAAAUCCAAGGCUACAGUGGUAGUGAAACCAUGAAUAAAAAUACAUCUGCCGUAGUAUCAUCCGGGCUACUUGAAAAGGAUCCUGCCUUUCAGAUGAUUACAGUUACCAAGGAGACAGGCCUUGGUCUGAAGAUCCUAGGAGGAAUUAACCGGAAUGAAGGUCCCUUGGUAUAUAUUCAGGAAAUCAUUCCUGGAGGAGACUGUUAUAAGGAUGGACGUUUGAAGCCAGGAGAUCAACUUGUCUCAAUAAACAAGGAGUCUAUGAUUGGUGUAUCAUUUGAAGAAGCAAAAAGCAUAAUUACCAGAGCCAAGUUGAGGUCAGAAUCUGCUUGGGAGAUAGCAUUCAUAAGACAGAAAUCUCACAGCAGUCAUUUAGAAAAUCCAUCGUGUUCAUCCCUUUUACAAGCUACAGGAGAAUAUGGACCUCAAGCCUCAAAAUUUAGUCUUCUUUCUUCUCCCUCUGAAAUACUAAUUCCAAAGACCUCAUCCACUCCCAAAUCUACAGAUGCCAUUUUACCUUCUAUUACGAUAAAUCAGAUAAAAACUGGAUACAAGAAAACAGAACAGAUUCCAAUUACUUCUUCAGACAACAGCCCUACAGAUAUGCCUAAUACAGAUAUUGCCCCUGCGUUGACUGAUAAUUAUGGACCACAAGGAAAGAAGAUUUCCCUAAAUCCCUCUGUUCGCCUUAAAGUAGAGAAACUGGAAAUGGCUCUAAAUUAUCUUGGUAUUCAGCCCACAAAGGAACAACACCAAGCCCUGAGACAGCAAGUGCAAGUAGACCCAAAGGGGACAGUGUCUUUUGGAGAUUUUGUCCAGGUUGCUAGAAACUUGUUUUGCUUGCAUUUGGGUGAAGCAAAUGUUGGUGCACAUGAAAUUUCCAACAUAUUAGACUCACAGCUUCUUCCCUGUGAUUCCUUAGAAGCAGAUGAAAUGGAAAGGCUUAAGCAUGAAAGAAAUGAUGCCUUGGAAGAAGUGAAUACACUUAAGGAAAAAUUAUUUGAAUCGGAAAGGCAAAGGAAACAAUUGACAGAAGAACUCCAGAAUGUGAAACAAGAAGCCAAAGCUGUGGUCGAAGAAACAAGAGCCCUGCGAAGUCGGCUUCAUCUUGCCGAAGCUGCACAGAGACAGGCACACGGAAUGGAAAUGGAUUAUGAAGAAGUGAUCCGUCUGUUAGAGGCCGAGAUUACAGAGCUGAAGGCUCAGCUUGCUGAUUAUUCUGACCAAAAUAAAGAAAGUGUUCAGGAGUUAAGAAAGCGAAUCACAGUACUUGACUGCCAAUUGCGAAAAUCGGAAAUGGCUCGAAAAACUUUUGAGGCAUCCACUGAAAAGCUUCUUCAUUUUGUAGAGGCUAUUCAAGAAGUGUUUUGUGAUAAUUCUCUUCCUUUGUCAAAUUUAAGUGAAAGAAGAGCUAUGUUAGCUUCCCAGACGUCCCUCACACCACUGGGAAGGAGUGGACGUAACAUCCCAGCAACGCUGGCACUUGAAUCUAAGGAACUUGUUAAAUCUGUCCGUGCCAUACUUGAUAUGGAUUGUCUACCUUACGGGUGGGAGGAAGCUUACACAGCAGAUGGAAUCAAGUACUUCAUCAAUCACGUAACACAGACUACGUCCUGGAUGCAUCCCGUCAUGAGCGCACUGACCCUGUCCUGCUCAGAGGAAAACGAAGAGGAUUGCUCCAGAGAACUUCCUGACCAGAAGAAUUGAUGGUUUUCUGUGGGAAGCUGCGGUUCAUGGUCUUCUGGCAUCUCCGUCGACGUGGAGGACUCUGAGACGCGACAUCUAAAAUAGGAGUAAAACACACACUACUUAGUGAAGUUGUGAAAUGGAGACUGGAUUUAAGCUAUUUUUGUAAAACUUUUUGAUAUAACUGUAUACAUUUACAAAAUUAAUUGCCACUAUAGUAGUUCUUUAGGAAUAAUCUAGUCCUGUUUUUGAAAUCAUAUGUAAUUGGAUUUUAUAAUAUAUAUAAUUUUUCAUAUGUAAUUAUGUAAUUUUAUAUUUAGUUCUUUAUAGAA